GCAAGGCGUAGCUUUUUCUCUGACGAACUCGGGGACAUUGCGCCCACGAUGUUCACUGUGGGCUUCUCGACCGGCAGCAGCUUCAGCAGCAGUUGCGCCAUGUUGGCGACGGCGGCCAUCUGGGGCAUCUCUGCAAUAGUGGCAUAUGCCGUCUUUGCACGCUUGCGAGACUGGAAACGUCUGAAGCACAUUGAUGGACCCUCCCUGGGCGGCUGGACCGAUUACUGGAUGAUAAGGAGCCAGCUGAGCGGCCGGAUGAACCUAGACCUGGCGGACGUUAUUCGUGAAUACGGACCUAUCGCAAGGAUCGGCACCAACACCAUUGUUUGUGCAGACGUCAAAGAGUUGCGCAAGAUCUGGGCAGUCCGCUCAACUUGGAAACGCCCUCGGUGGUACCUGGGUCUCCGGAUCGACCCGUACAGCGACAAUGUCUUUUCCAUCAUGGACGACAAAGUCCACGAGACACUUCGUUCCAAGUUGUUGCCCGGCUAUGGUGGCAAAGACGUCGAUGGAGUGCACGAAAUUAUUGACGAGCAGAUUGCACUUUUCGUGCAGCUCCUCGAGGACAAGUACUUAUCAGUUGACGGCAAAGGUAGCAAGGACAGGUCAUUCCUGCCGGUCGACUUGGCGAGGAAAGUUCAGUUCUUGACGUUGGAUAUCAUCUCUUCUCUGGCCUUUGGCGAGUCCUUUGGCAACCUUGUCGCAGACGAUGACGCACUGGGCUACAUUUCGACGACGGAGAAGUCGAUUCCGAUGCUCAUGUUUGUGACGUUGGUGCCGUGGCUGACCGCCAUCUGGCAAUCCCCACGACUUCGAUGGAUGUUCCCAGACGCCCGUAAUAUGGUAGGCAUCGGCGACGUCAUGGCUAUUGCCCGCAGGGUUGUCGGUCAGCGAUACGGCGAAAAGCCCGAGGUCGUCAAGAGGGACAUGCUCGGUUCGUUUGUAGCCCACGGCCUGACCAAAGGGGAAGCGGAGGGCGAGACGAUGGUGCAGAUUGUUGCUGGAUCCGACACCUCUGCCACUGCGAUCCGGUCGACUCUCCUCUUCAUCAUCACCAACCCUGCCGUUUACUCCCGACUCCAAGCUGAGAUCGACACGGCCGCAGCACAAGGACGAAUCUCGUCACCCAUCACGGACGCGGAGGCGAGGGCGCUCCCAUAUCUGCAAGCAGUCAUCCGUGAGGGCCUUAGAAUGUACCCCCCUGCCACUGGUCUGCUUCCCAAGGUGUCGAGCAAGGACGAGGUCCUGUGUGGCAAGCACAUCCCAGCGGGGACUGAUGUGGGCUGGGCAGUAUGGCCCGUUAUGAGAGACAGGGGCGUGUUCGGGGAGGAUGCCGACCUGUUCCGCCCGGAGCGGUGGGUAGAGGCCGAACCUGAACAGUGGCGGGUCAUGGAUCAGACUGUCAUGAUGGACUUUGCCACGGGGAGCAGAUGGGAAUGUCUAGGCAAGACGAUUGCCAUGAUUGAGUUGAACAAAACUUAUGUUGAGCUCCUUCGCCGAUUCGACAUAACACUGCUCGACCCUUCCAACCCCUGGCAUUCAUUCAACGCAGCGUUCUUCAUCCAAAAGAAUAUGAACGUCAAGAUCUCGCGAAGACAGACCCCAGUGUGAAGGAAAGUGAAAGUCGAAGAAACUGACGCUCGCUGCAUUACCUGGACUAUCUUGGUCACGUUUCUCUAUUGCGAAAUUUACUUGCUGUAAAAAUACAUGGAACUUCGUUGAAGUCAUCAACUGGCGUGCCUGCCAACCCAAUUUAAGCACCUGGUCUAACCCUGUUAGCACCGACAAGAGCUUUGUUUACUCACAUUACUCAAGAUAUAAAAUAAAAGCUUGGGAAAAAUAUCAGCAAGACACAUGAUUAACUUCCUAACGAAGUUAUCAGGUCUGCCUAGCUUUAGUCUAGUUGGCUGUUUGUCUAGGAGUGCGGGCA